AUGAAUGGUUUCCCCAAUGUUACAAUUACCUCCUUUGAAAUGCCUGGCAAUGCACCUGAAGGCGGUAUUCUUGUGGAGCUCGGUACGGCGUUGACAAGUCCAUCUCCUAUCGGAGUCCAGUUGGGCACGAUUGCAAUGCAAAUUGGUUAUGAGGGUGUUGUCCUUGGUCAGGUGACAUCUGAAAACGUGACCUUGCAUGAAGGUGUCAAUGACUUGAAGCUCAAGGGCACGCUUAUUCCACAAAAUGAUCAGGCGAAUCUUGACAAGAUUGGGCAAUUGUUCUCCAACUAUGUUGCUGGUAAAAUGUCGACGACCACUGCCGUUGGUGUAUCGGCUGCCCCUGAUGGCCAUGAUCCCAUUAAUUGGCUCACUGAAGGCUUCAAGAGUGUACAGCUUAAUGUGGGCUUGGGUCUUGCUGAGCCUAUGAAUAUCAUUCGUGGUGUCAGCAUGGGCUAUCUUGAUUUGGCAUUCAACAAGGAUUCUCCUUAUGCACCCAUCACUUCCGCACCUGCUGUCGUUGCCGACUACUCCAUUCCUUUUGGUUUCACUCUCGACAUUACUCAAGUAUCGCAAGACUUGAAGCUUGGCACCAACGACACCGGCGACUUUGCUUCCAUCAAUGUUCCUUAUGUUCCUUCCAAGAGUGACCAAGCUGCCGGCAAGUUGCAGUUCGCCAUGAACAACGUCGCCAUUACUGCCAUGGACGAUAAGCACGACGCAUUCGAUGGCUUCACUUAUGAUCUCACUGCUUCUGAUGGCUACACGUUCAAUGUGGGUGGCCAAGCAAGCACCAAGACAAGCACUCCCAUUGGCAACAUUACCCUUUCAGGCAUCACAUUCAAGGUCCCUACCACGCUUCAUGGCUUGCAGUUUUUGAACAGCACGCCGACCACUGUGGAUGCUGUCGAUGUCACGGGUGGCACCAAGGAGGCCUUGCAACUCGCUAUCAAUGUUACCAUGGAUAAUCCAUCCGAUUUCAGUAUUUCCACUGGUGAUGUUACCUUUGCCUUCCUUGCAAGUGAUACGCAGCUUGGCCAAGUCAUGCUAUCCAAUCUCAAGUUGAAUCGUGGUUCAAACAGCGUCACUGCUUCAUCCACCUUCGAUCCCAAGAGCUCAAGCGUUGGCCAAAACCUUCUCAGCACCUUUGUCAUGGGCAAGAACAACGAUGUCAAUAUCGCUGGUUAUGAUGGUUCUACGGCUAUUCAAUCAUUGGCCAAGGCACUCGGUGCUAUCAGCAUCACCACAAGUCUUCCUGGUUUGAAAGAUCCUUUGGUGCAAGGCUCCAAGCUGACCGUCAAUGAAGAUUCACCAAAGACCGGCAUCGUUGCAGUUCAAGUGUCUAUUGCCAAUCCAUUCACAGCGGGUCUCAGCAUCACCUCUGUCAAGUCAUCCGUGUCCUACAAGGGUAUGCCAGUGGGUAACAUUGAUCAAGAUAUCAGCAGCAGCCCCAUUGUCAUUGGUGGUCACUCAACAGUGCAAUCGAACCCAUUGGACAUGAAGAUGAACAUUGAACCUGCAUCCGUGGCUCUGUUGUUGCGUACUCUCGCCAAGGAAUCCAAUUUGGAUACGCGUGCUUUGGAUGCUUUGCUUGGCAUGGGUGGUUUACAUGUCGCUGGCAUGGAAGAUAUCUCUCCUGAUUCAAGUCUCUUCCAAGGCUUCAACAUCUCAAACUAUGUCAUGGAAGCAAUGAAAUCACUCAAGGCCGAUCUUCAGUUGCAAUCUGGUUUGACUAUUGGCGAGUAUGAUGAUGUCCUCGAAUUCUCCCAAAACAGCGUUGCUGUUGAGACCGAUGCAACAGUGACACGUUUGAUCCCUAUUGUUGGUCAACCCAUUGUGCAACAAAUUGUGGAUGGUGCCAAGCUUGGCUUUGAGUCUAUUAUCCUUUCAUCGCCUACGGAUACAAGCUUCAAGGUGAACAUGUCUGGCAGUAUCACCAACGCUGGUCCUAUGGAUGCUGAGAUUUCGUUCCCAUCGCCACUUACCAUUGCUUGGGAAGGCCGUGUGCUUGGUACUGUAAAGAUGGCAACCAUCAAUUCCAAGGCCGAUGUGGGUGCUCAAUUCACUGUACCUGGUGAUUUCUCAGUGACGGAUCAAGAUGCCAUGGGCGAGUUUUCUGGAUAUUUGAUCAACAAUCCUGAUUUCCAAUGGAACAUUUAUACUGAAGGUGUUGCUGUCAAUGCUCUUGGCUAUACUUUCACCAACAUUAGCAUGAACAAGUUCGUGACCCUUGCUGGUGCCAAUGGUUUCAAGGAUGCUGUCAAGAUCACCAAGUUUGAUUUACCAUCCAAUGACCCUGCUGGCGGCAUCACGCUCACUGCAUCGACCACUAUCAACAACCCAAGUCAAGUUGGAUUCAAUUUGGCAGGUGCAGGCUUCAGCGCUUACUUUGAAGACGUGUUGCUUGGUCCCUUGGCUAGUGAUGGACCUGCCAUAUUCCCACCAAGAGGCACAGCCAACAUCAACAUGAAGGGCCGUAUGAUUCCUCAAGAUUCCCAAGAAGGAUUGGAUGCUGUUACCAAGGUGUUCAAGAACUAUUUGAAUGCAAGCGAUAGUCCUUUGACGGUUGUUGGUGAAUCUGGUUCUGGUCCUAAUGGCCAAGUCGGUUGGCUCACCACUGGUUUCAAGACUAUCAAGAUUGAAAAUGUGAUUUUGCCUGGCCCUGAUCAGAAGCCUACCUUGAUUCCUUCCAUCACCAUGGGCGACAUGCAGAUCGAUUUCGUAAAGUCCGAAUAUGAACCACCUGCUGGAUCCACCAAGGUGUUGGCACAGCUCAAGAAUCCAUUUGGUUUCCCAUUGGGUGUCUCAAGCCUUAACAUGGAGGUGACAGCAAGCUAUGAAGGAACCGAUAUGGCCAGCCUCAAGAUCCCUGAUGAAAAGGCAACCACCAGCGAUACUGGUUUGGUGACUACCCAAUUCAGCGACGUGCCAUUUAGCACCUUUGAUGAUGCCCACAAGGUCUUUAGCGAUUUCCUCAAGGCAACCACUGCUACUGGCAAUGUCACAUUUGGUUUAGCUGGUAUCAGCAAUGCUGUGACAGAGACAGCGAUUGGUUCUCUCAAGCUUGAUGGCAUUGAUUUCGACGUGGAUACUGCAUUGGCUGGUUUCAACAACUUCAAUGGCAAGACCGAGAUUUUGUCUAUGGCUGUUACGGGUGGUACUUCAGAAUACAUCCUUGUCAAGUUGAGCAUUGCCAUGACAAACCCAUCUCAAAUCACAAUCACGCUUGGUGAUAUGAAGUUGAUUACCAACAUGGACGAGUUCAAUUCCGCUGUUGGCGAUGUAUUCCUCAAGGAUGUCACUAUCAAGCCUGGCAAUAACACUAUGGAUGUUGAAAUGCACAUGGGCGGUGAUGACAAGAAGGCAUUGCAACAACUUUUGAGUGAUUAUAUGACGGGUGCAACAGUGCCAUUGACCAUUACCGGAUCACAAGACGCUACUGAAAUCGAGCCCUUGAAGGAUGCCUUAUCCACCAUCAAGCUUACCACCACCAUGACUGGUAUCAAGGACAAACUUGUCGACUCCGUUUAUGUUAGCGCUGGCCUUGAUGCAUUGACGACCCAUGAAGCCAAGACCAAGAUCACCCUCACCAAUCCCAUUGGCACGGAGUUCUCUAUCAACAGCAUCGAAGCUGUGGUGUACACCACUCUCAAUGGCAACCGUUUCCAAGUGGGUCAUAUUGAUUACAAGCUGCCAAGUGCUUUCAAGGUUCCUUCUGGUGAACAAGCAACAUCUGAGGAGAUGCCUGUGACCGUGGAUGCUGAUAUUGGCCAAUUGCUUGAGCUCUUGUUCAACGCCAAGGAUCUGAAAUUCGACAUUUAUCAAAAUGCUUCGGUUAUCGUUGGUGAAGGAGAUGGUUUUGCUUCCACCUUGUACUACUACCAGAUGCAAGUACCUGCCACCCUUGAUUUCAACAUUCUUGGUCUUUCGCUUACUGGUGCAGAUGAGCCUGAUUCGGGUACCAACAACAGCAGCAUCGCUGAUUUGCCAGCAAGCGUCAUUGAUAAGCUCCCUAAGAGUGUUUUGGAUCAGCUUGGUUAUUCUUCCAAGGCACCUGAAGCAAGUGCAACAUCAUCCGGCAGUGGACAAGAAGCUUCUUCGUCGGCAACAUCUUCAGGUGGUGGCGGCUUAUUAGGCGAUCUUACCGAUAAACCCACGCCUACUCCUGAAGCAAAGGAAUCAUCAUCAUCGAGUUCGGAGGACAAGAGUAGUGAUGAUGGUGGCGACAAGACGGCAUCCGAAAAGCCAAGUGAAACUGGAUCGGGUGACAAGAGUGACGAGUCGUCCUCCAGCAGCUCAUCAGAGGACUCUGGUGAUGGCAAACCACAUUGGCUUUGGCCUUUCCGCAUGGCAUAA